AUCUGACGCACACCCAAUGGGAGAGCAGGCUGCGUGGAUAGAUGAGGUCACAGCUGCCGUGCGGGGAAUGGAAUGUGUGUGAGACUAGUGUGAGAGCGAUCGGGACCGGGGGAAGCUCAGAGCCCGGCCGGCCCCGACCCUGCAGCGUACACGCCGCUGCCGGCCCCGACCUCCUUCCCCAACGUUCCAUCCUAGAACCCUGAGGAUCCCCAACGUUCCACACAGCCAGCUCCCAACCGCCGCCGCCGCUGCCAACGUUCCAUUAUAGAACGCUGAGGAUCCCAACGUUCCAUCGCGGAAUCCUGAGCAGCCCGCCUGAGCAGCCCGCCCCCAGGAGACUGAGCCCCGGCGGGCACCCGGAGCCGGCAUGCAGAGCCAUGCAGGGAUUUGUCAGGCUCCCGGGCUCCGGCACGGAUAUGUAAAAGCCCUGUGAGCCGGUGUCCUGGGGGGGUGGGGGGGAUCCGUCCUGCUGUACGUUCCCUCCGAGCUGGUCUCCCCUGGCCGGGAAAGUUGCCGGAGUGCGGCCGAUGAGGGAUUCGGGCAGCCCGGCGCCUCCCUGCUGCAGCUGAUCGCCAGGAUCCCCGUGGCCGGAUAGCGAUCGGGACAAAGCGGCCGCCUCGUCCCUUUAAAUCUGCGGGUCCCUUUAAAUCCCGACCUGCCCUCUCUCCCCGAUCUUCCCUCCCCGCUCCCGAGCUCUCCCCGCAUCUUCCCUCUCCUCUCCCCGCACCUUCCCUCUCCUCUCCCCGGCUCACGAUGAAAGACAGGCGGGGAGAAAGUUGUUAGACCCGUCGCCCCCAUGCGCUGGAGCAGCCCGCGGAAUCCGCAGAAGGAGGGAGCCGAGCGUUUGACCUGGUCCCGGGCAGGCGGCAGAUGGCGGAGCGGAGCUGAAAGCGGCCACCACCGGGGCACUUUCCCUCCAGCACCCAGAUCCAGACCGGACACAUGCAGGCCAAACAACGCUACUUCACCCUGCUCUCCGCCGGCGCCUGCCUCGUCCUGCUCUUCUACCUCGGGGGGCUGCAGCUGAGCGCGUCGCGGAGCCGCAGGGAGAGGGGCGCGGAGCACAGGCGCAAUGGGCCGCCGCCUAGGGGCGCCUCCGUGGGGGAGCAGCCGUGGCCCCGCUUCCCGGACGCCCUGCUGCCCUUCAUCCCCUGGGAGCAGGCCGAGAGCGAGGACUACAACGGCCAGGGCUCCCCCAGACAGAAGAGGGACGCCAACUCCAGCGUCUACAAGGGCAAGAGGUGCCGCAUGGAGUCCUGCUUCGACUUCUCCCUGUGCAAGAGGAAUGGCUUCAAGGUGUACACUUACCCCCAGCAGAAGGGCGACAAGAUCUCCGAGAGCUACCAGAACAUCCUAUCGGCCAUCGAGGGCUCCAGGUACUACACCUCCGACCCCAGCCAGGCCUGCCUCUUCAUCCUCAGCCUGGACACCCUAGACCGGGACCAGCUGUCCCCCCAGUACGUGCACAACCUCAAGUCCAAAGUCCAGAACUUGCACCUGUGGAACAACGGUAGGAACCAUUUAAUUUUUAAUUUAUACUCCGGGACCUGGCCGGACUACACCGAAGACGUGGGCUUCGACAUUGGCCAGGCCAUGUUGGCCAAGGCCAGCAUCAGCGCGGACAACUUUCGCCCCAACUUUGACGUCUCCAUCCCUCUGUUUUCUAAGGAUCAUCCCAGGACAGGGGGGGAGAAGGGGUUCCUGAGAUUUAACACUAUCCCUCCUAUUAGGAAGUACAUGUUGGUAUUCAAAGGGAAACGAUACCUGACGGGUAUAGGGUCCGACACCAGGAAUGCCUUAUAUCACGUACACAAUGGGGAGGACGUAGUCCUCCUGACCACCUGCAAGCAUGGCAAAGACUGGCAGAAGCAUAAGGACGCCCGCUGCGACAGGGACAACACCGAGUAUGAGAAGUAUGACUAUCGUGAAAUGCUGCACAACGCCACUUUCUGUCUCGUCCCUCGUGGCCGCAGGCUUGGGUCCUUCAGGUUUCUGGAGGCUCUGCAGGCUGCAUGUGUUCCGGUAAUGCUCAGUAACGGAUGGGAGUUGCCGUUUUCCGAAGUGAUUGAUUGGAAUCAGGCUGCCGUCAUCGGAGACGAGAGGUUAUUACUACAGAUCCCUUCUACAAUCCGGUCUAUCCAUCAGGAUAGAAUCCUCGCACUUAGACAGCAGACUCAGUUUUUGUGGGAAGCUUAUUUCUCCUCCGUUGAGAAGAUUGUAUUGACUACACUAGAGAUAAUUCAGGACAGAAUCUUCAAGCACAUAUCACGCAACAGUUUAAUAUGGAACAAGCAUCCCGGAGGGCUGUUUGUGCUGCCCCAGUACUCCUCAUAUCUGGGCGAUUUCCCUUACUACUACGCUAAUCUAGGUGUAAAAUCCCCAACCAAGUUUACCGCAGUAAUCCAUGCUGUGACUCCGCUGGUUUCCCAGUCUCAGCCAAUCUUGAAGCUGCUGGUCGCUGUAGCAAAGUCUCAGUACUGUCACCAGAUCAUAGUCUUGUGGAACUGUGACAAGCCGCUUCCUGCCAAACACCGCUGGCCUGCCACUGCUGUGCCUGUCAUCGUCAUUGAAGGGGAGAGCAAGGUAAUGAGCAGUCGCUUCCUACCUUACGAAAACAUAGUGACUGACGCCGUACUCAGCCUUGAUGAAGAUACCGUGCUCUCCACCACGGAGGUGGAUUUUGCCUUCACCGUCUGGCAGAGCUUCCCGGAGCGAAUUGUGGGCUACCCUGCGCGGAGUCACUUUUGGGACAGUACGAAGGAGCGUUGGGGCUACACAUCCAAGUGGACUAAUGACUAUUCCAUGGUACUAACAGGAGCUGCUAUCUACCACAAAUACUAUCACUACCUUUACACAAAUUACCUACCUGCCAGUCUGAAAAGCAUGGUGGACCAAUUAGCCAAUUGUGAAGACAUUUUAAUAAACUUUCUGGUGUCCGCUGUGACAAAGCUACCGCCCAUCAAGGUGACGCAGAAGAAGCAGUAUAAGGAAACCAUGAUGGGACAGACCUCCAGAGCUUCUCGCUGGGCGGACCCCGACCAUUUUGCCCAGAGACAGACUUGUAUGAAUACAUUUGCCAGCUGGUUUGGCUAUAUGCCGCUUAUUCACUCACAGAUGAGACUUGACCCAGUACUCUUUAAGGAUCAGGUGUCAAUCCUCAGAAAGAAAUACCGGGACAUUGAACGACUUUGAGACACACUGCCACCGGAGGCCGCCUUCCCGCCCAGUGCACGCCCAUUGCCAUAAGGACAACUGCUGUGCGAUUGGUUGUAUACGCAGCUCACGCACAGGGAAUACACCAAGCAUUCGGAUCAAAAACUACAAUAAUCCAUUGCACUGGACCGCUCACACAACCACCCAGCUUUGUCGUCUGAAAACUAGGCUGUGUACAGUUUAAUUAUGGAACUUUAAAUAAUUAUUUUUGAAAUGAUUGCUAUGCAGGUUUAAACUUUUUUAAUGAACAAAAACUAUUAAAAUCAGAGAUCUUUCUUUAAA